ACAAGCUGCCAGGAAGACGACGUUUCAACUUACGUUCAACAUUUAAAUGCCCAUUCAGAUUUUGAAUCUAGGUUUGAGGAUAUUUUGACUAUGGUAAUACCAUCGUGGAUAAUUAAUCCAUAUAGUGACAUAGAAGAAACGAAUGUCAUAAUACAAGAGGAACUGACUGAACUAAGUACAAACGAAGAACUUAAGGUUCAGUUUAAAAAUGGAUAUCAGCAAUUCUGGCUGCAAAACAACAUACCCGUUACUUAUCCCGUAUUAUCGAAUAUAGCGAGGAAAUUUUUCUGA